AUGAAGACAUAUACUUUAUGGAAUAUUUUUUGUAACAUUUUAUUUAUCCUUUUUGGAAUAACUUACCAACAUGAUGCACAUGUAUUUAGUAAAAAUGAGGAAAGCUCAUUUCCAUCUUCAGAAGAGAAUUCACAAAAUAGUAAUACACUUAAUUUAAAUACAGUAAAUACUACUAGUUUCUCAGAUAUAUAUAAUAUUUAUAAUAAUUCAGAAAAGAAUAUUAAUUUCAAUAAUAGGAAUAAAAAAAAGCCUUUUAGAAAUGCAUCAUUCAUAAACAUAAAAAACGAAAGACAAGAAAUAAGUAAUACAGAUACUACAUAUGAAAAUUUAAACGGAAAAACAAACAGUACAUUAAUAAAAUAUAAUAAUAAUGAUAAAAUUAUUAAGGAACAUUCAAAUAAUAAUAUUCAAUCAUUUAUUGAUAAAAAAGACAUUGUGUGGGAAAACAGAAGUAUUUUAGAUUAUAUGGAUAUAAUAAAUGAUAGUGAUGAUAAGAUUUUCUCAAUUGAAUCGUAUUUACGUGAGUUACAAGCAUGUAAAGAAGCUAUUCUAUAUAUAACAUUUUAUAGCUUAGCAAAGAAAGAAAAUUAUGAACCAGUUCAACGCAAUAUUGAUAGUUUCUAUAAGUUCAUGGAGAAGAAUGAAGAUACAUGCUUAGCAGGAUCAAAAAAUAGAUUCAACUUUUUAGUUUAUAGUUUAGAAAAUGCUGCAAAAUUUAAUUAUAACAAGUUGCAAUAUGAAAAUCACUUGAAUGAAUACAAAUCAAUAAAAAAUAAAUUUUAUCAUUGUAUAGAUGAUAAAAAUUAUGAUAUUAGAAAUAAAAUAACUGAAAUAAAAAAAGGAGUUGAACAUGUACUUAGAGAAUCAAUUACAAAUGACCGUCGAUAUCGCAUGGACAGAUAUCAAUUAAAUAUAAACCUUUAUAUAACCAACUUAAAACAAAUUUCACCUAUAUCUAAUAAUACAACUAUAAAAAAAGCCCAAACUCUCAUAGAAGAAAGUGAAAGAACUAUUAAGGCUGUAAAAAAGGAACUUGAAGAUGAUAAUAAUAUAUAUUCCAUUGAAUUUGUUCAAGAUGAAUUAAGAGAUAUUGUCAAAAGAUAUACUUUUCAUUUUCAACAAAUUGAUAAAGGAAAAACAGAAAUGGAGAAAUUUGUGAAAGAAGCUGCUGACAGAAAUUUACAAAAAGAAGCAUAUGCUCAAAAAGUAAUGGAAUCUACUAAUAUUUUUUCUUACUAUAAAUAUAGUAAUGGUGUUAUAAGUACGUUGAAUUCAUUAUUUAAUAAAUAUGAAAAGAUACUAAAUAAUUUGUAUAACAACGUUUAUAUAGCUUUAGAAAAUAAAAUUGAAUCCAAAUUAAAUUUCAAUAAUUUCGACAAAAAAUAUAAACCUAUAGUUGCAGAAACCGAAAAAUUAACGAAAUAUGUUGCUGAUUUAGUUAAAUUGUAUAAAAAAAAAAACGUUGUGUCUAGUGGAUCACAAAAUGCAAAACUUAUAAAAGCUCAGACAUCAUAUAAUAAUGAAGUUAGUUCAUUAGAAUCUU